CAGGGAGCCGCCGUGGCUCCGCCGUCUGUACCGCCGCGAUACUGAGCGGGGAAAAGUUGGCACAAACGCCUGGAGCUGCUCAGAUCCGACACUUAUCUAACCUGGAGUCACCUCUGUGGCGGUGCCCAGCCGUCUGCCUGCCAGCCGCUGAAAGCCGCUCCGGACCAGCGACAAGGUUUAAACCAUUAUUCAGAGAUGAUUAGCCAAGUGGCAAAGAAGGAUUUUCAACCUCCACUCAAAAGCAAGAUAGAUAUAUUUUUUCUCUUCAUUCAUCAUUGUUGAUCCAGAUUUGCUCCGUCUGCACACACCAGCAACAAACAAAUCCUCCUGUGAAGACAUUAGAAGCACUCCACCAAUGGCUUUUUUAAUGAAAAAGAAGAAGUUCAAGUUUCAAAUCCAUUUCACUUUGGAGGAGCUUACAGCUGUGCCUUUUGUCAACGGUGUGCUUUUCUGCAAGAUCCGACUGAUGGAUGGUGGGGACUUUGCCAUUUUAUCAUCCAGGGAGGAGGUGCAGCAAAACUGUGUUCGCUGGAGGAAGAAGUUUUCCUUUGUGUGUAAAAUGAGUGCCAGUUCAAUUACUGGAGUUCUGGAUCCCUGCAUCUGUAGGGUUUCUGUGCGCAAGGAGCUCAAAGGCGGAAAGGCCUUCUCAAAGUUAGGCUUUGCUGAUCUCAAUAUUGCAGAGUUUGCUGGUUCGGGCUCCACAGUCCGCUGCUGCAUCCUGGAGGGCUAUGACACCAAAAACACUCGUCAGGACAACUCUAUCCUCAAGGUAACAAUUGGGAUGACACUUUUAUCAGGAGAUCCCUGCUUUAAAACACCUCCAAGCACUGCUAAAUCCAUCUGCAUCGGGUGCCAAGAUCCCUCCCUGCAGCUGGACUGCAAGGGUGAGAGCACUGAUGCCCAAUUCCAGCCACCAGGGGGCAUUAUUGCAGGAGCUCGUCCCCUGAAACCUCGGCAGCCCUCACUGCUCAGCUCAGGACUGCCUGAGGAGGGAGAGCAGACUGUUUCCAGCCCAGACGAGGUCUUUCAUAUCGGUCAUUUCCGUAACUCCAGCUAUGCCAGCCAGCACAGCAAGAUAUCAGGCUACAGCACAGAGCACUCUCGCUCCUCCAGCCUGACAGACCUCAGCCAUCAUCGUAACACCUCCUCCAGCAGUAGUGUCUCAUGUGGGGUUUUCCACCCAACUCAACCUUCUCCCUCCACUCCCACUGAGUCACACAGAGAGGCAACUCCCACAAAACCAGAGAGACCUCCACUACCCUCUCAGUCAGUCCUGCUGUCCAAAAGACCUUCCAGGAGGAAGAAGGACACUGUGGAGAGACAGCCCAGCUGUGUGGACGACACUCGUAUCGAUGCUGAUGACAUCGUGGAGAAAAUUGUCCAGAGCCAGAACUUUGCUGAUGUCAGCAACAAUGAAGACAGUAACUUGAGACUGUUUAUCAGCCGGGAUGGGACCACCGCCCUCAGUGGAACACAGCUGGGCACCAGAGUGACGGCUGGCGUCUUUGAACCGGUGGUCAUUGAGACCCACUGAAGGACACACUGACGACCCAUCUGGGCUGUUCAGCUGCUUCACCGUUUCUGUGACUUCUGUGACUCUCUAUGUACAUGUAUGUGCAUACCCGUCUUGAGUUCACUCCACUUGAUAUGUGACUACUAUAAUACUGAUAUUGAACAUUAUUAGAAUAUUUAAUCAGGUGGUGGGAGGUGUAGAACAUAUGAUUAAUCUAUUAAUCAAGAGAAACUUCUUAAUCCUGAAACUGAUCAGAUCAAGUGUGCAAACUACUUGCCACCUACAGCACUGAAUCAUUAACAGAAGAAGCAAAAACAUUUUUAACAGUGAAUGUGAAAACAACAAGAAUUAUACAUCCUAAAUGCAUCACCGAUCGAAAAUCCAGUACCCAGUAAAUCAUUUUCUAGCCAAACAUUUUACAUUACUUCUUGGAUCCCUUGAAACCUUGAAAAUUCUGAUAGAUAAUAAUUCCCCCACUGGUGUUGUAUUUCCUCUGUGAUGUAGGCUCGUGAAUUUGUAUCGCUCUGUUUAUCAGAGACAAGCCAGCAGGUGGUGUUGGACCGUAGUGUAGCACCGUCAUGACUGUGAGUGUCUUCAGCCGGUAUUACCAGACUUUACAAAGUGUCUACUUACAUACGUCGUCCAACACGCGUUCAAAGAAGGCACGUGGCGCCAAAACAUCUGUGUUUAUGUCUCACGUCUCCCUUGGGCAAGUAACGUAACAGAAACAUGAAGUUCAGUAAUGCGUACAUGAAUUUCAUCUGAAGAGAGACAGAUUUUGUGAGUGCAAGCCUUUCCUCGUCAGUACUUGGAGAAUUUACAAAUCAUGGUAAUCCCAUUUACUGGAUGUAACUGUCAUUACGAGGAAGAGAGAUGACUGAAAAAGAAGAAAUGAGUGUAGGACUAUACAUCACAACUAAAAUUCACAGAUUUGCCUCUGGAUCUAGACUACUGUGACUUGAUGAACUGUUUUGUCUUUACAGCUAUAGGUACUGUCCACUUUCCCUUAUUAGCUAUUAAGCAAGUCAUCUGUUAACAAGUGCUAACUAACGAGCUAACGAUAUUUAAAUACAAAAACAAUCAGCUAGGUCACUGAUAAAGUGUUGUCUGAAGGAAUAAUACGAAUCAGUCACUGCUAUUUGUGACUUUUGAGUCAUAAAUUUAGAAACACAAUCAUCUUUUCUCAGCCACUGUUGCCAAGAGCAGUGGACCUCCAAAGUGGCCGCCAGAUGUUCCAUCUCCUGAAAGCUUUUUAUUUGGGAAAAAUUGUUGUUUUUAACAACAGGCCACAACACUGAUUGUGAAAUGGAGUUAACAGUUUAAAGAUGUUGUAAAAGUUAGCUGGCUAAUUUAUUUGGCAUCACCAUGGUAAUGGACCAUGACGCCAGACUCACUCCCUCCAGAACUUAUUGAACUUGUUAGCGUGCUGCAGAUGGUGCUGCUAACCAGCAGGUUACUGGAGCCCCCAGCCAGUAUCCAGCACUCAGUAACAAUGAGAGGAAAAUGGCACCACUACUGUCCUACAUAACAACUGGGGGAGAGUGAAAUCAUAUAAAAACAUUUCAAAAUGGGUGAAGUACCUCUUAACGGGUUGGUGAAUACUGAUCUUGUAUGUGUUGGCAUCUCAGUGUCACCGUAUCGAUGUCAAUCUCACAGCUGUCCCAGCACAAAGCUCCUGUUGUACCAUGACGUACAAUAGAGCUGUUUAUACAAUAGACCCUCGCCCACAUAGAUGUCUUUGUGUCUUUGUGUGUGUGUGUGUGUGUGUGUGUGUGUGUGUGUGUGUGUGUGUGUGUGUGUGUGCGUGUGCCACAUCUGGGCGAGUGAGUGUGCCUCCAAGAGAUUUACUAAAUGCAUGCGGGUCAUGCAUGCUUGCUUCAUGUGAAAGCAUGGACAUCCGUGUGGAGAACAUGCCUGUAACCUUUACAGUAAUGCUACUUCCACAUUUAAAAUAAGUGAGUCUUGUGUCCCAUUCACCCUGCAGAUUGUUUGGUUAGCUGGUUUAAGCAGUAUCAUGCACAUUUGUUCGCCAUAGUCCCACCUAUCCAGGGAAUAAGCUUCAGAUCCACUGACAUGCAGGUACAUGUUAUGAUGCUGUUGUUUAGUAAGCUGCUCACUCCUUUUCAUAGUUUUCAUUUUUUAGUUUCAUUUUUCUAUUUUCAUUGAGUCCCUCUGCUGAACUUUUAAACUUCUUGUGCUAUUUUUGAAAAUGACCACUGCCUUUUUCUUAGUUUCUUGGAAGAAAUUGCUUAUUCUCAUUAUCUCUUAAAAAAAAUCUUUAUUUAUCACUAAUAAUGGUUAUAAUGGCAAAUCUUAUAUUUACUCGAAUUAACAGACCAGCUGGCUGGUUUACAUUGUUGUACAGAAACAUGUGUGGGAAAACUAUAUUGUAUGGUUAGAUGGGACACAAAGUCUAAACGCUGAGGAUUUUUAGUGACAAGCAUGAUUAUUAGAGAAUACACUAAAGGGAAUGUUUGUGUUGGUGACUCCUACUGUUUUGAACAGGGAACUUACGUUAUCAUAGGUAGAUAGAUAAAUAGAUAGAUAGAUAGACAGAUUGGAUCAAUAAAAUACAUCAAUCUAUCUCUAUCUCUCUCUAAUUUUUUAUGUUGGUUGUUUUCCUUCAUACUUGACCAUGUGUAACCUGUGACCUUUUUAACUAAAUGUAUACAUGUGAGCUGUUGUUACGUCGUAAGGUGAGAGGUUUCUCCUGAUAUGUUGAAAUUUAAUCAUUAGCUCAUUAGGUUUGGAUUGUACUGUGUCUCAGUACUUGCUGUGAUUUCAUUCGGAUAGGAAGGACACCUUGUAAACUUCUGAAAUAAUUAAACUGAACUUGUCAGACAGGACUGAGUUACCACAAUUAUUAGAAACUGAAAACCUUGGAAAAUCUCAGAAUGCAUGUAAAACACUGCUUCAUUGGUUUACCCUGUGGUAUAUAUGAGCAUGAACAUAUUUAAAAUAAGAUUUUUAUUAAAACUUUGAACGGCCAAAGGCUUAAUGUUGAAAUUUUGAGUAUAUCUGCUUAUUUUACUGAGAGCUUGACGUGUCAACAGAAAAUCCCUCUAUAUAUUUAUUUUCCUAACUAUUGUAACUUAAAAUGCCAAUAUGUUUUGCUCUAGUGUCUCUAAACAUUGAAAAUGUGUGCAAACUUUGUACAGCAUCAAAAUACAUGAUAAGCUGUCACAUAUUGUCAGUGCUUAUAUGAAAAGGCCGUAUAAUAAAUUAAG